AUUUCCUGUACUAUGGCUGUGUCAACUCGUGCGCAGUUGCGCGUUAUCUUUGCUGGAGCGGUUCUUAUCUUCUUCUCUCUGUUCUACUUUCGCAGUUCGCUGCAUAUCGACGAACAUGUUGACUCGUUGACAACACAUAUUGACUCACUGACAACACUAUAUGGCACCAAAGAGAAUGCUGAAAAUGAGGUAUCUGAGACACAUCCUUCGAGCCCUGUGCCUACUGUGCUUGCAUUGCCAGAUGCAUACACUUCACGACCCAAACAAGACGAGUUCUGUGCUGCUCUGUUCUCUCCCGCCUAUCUCUACAACCUAAGCCGGAACCGCACAUCUUUCUGCGACCCGAACGGAAGUACAUCAACGCUGGAGUGUUUCUCAACACGUAUCACUUCGGAUGCCAAGAAGUUCGGCGUUGUUGCGAGACGCGAGGGAGCUGGGUCUCCUCAUGGAAGUGCUGCUAAUACCUGGCAUAAUCUUGUGGAGCUGAUGAGUUACUACAUGACUCUGGAUGUGUUGUCUAUGAGUACCUCGCCGCAUGCCGAAGACAAAGGAGCAGCCUACUACAACCCAGAAAUCGACAAGGCCAACACACAAGUCAUCGUAGUAGACGGCCACAAANAAGGCCCUUACUUUGAUCUCUGGGAUUUCUUCUCGGACCCUACUCACAACCCAACACUCAAACUGUCUGAAGACNCCAAAGACAGCGCUGAAGCUGGAGAACAAGAAGAUCUCGAAUUCUUCGACCGUGUGGUUCUCCCUCUUCCGGGCGCUUCAAAUCCUUUCUGGGAGGGAACGUGGACGGCCCACCAUUGCAGCCAAUCCGACCUCGGCCGUGUGUUCGGCGACCGCGUACUAACCCUCUACAACGCCACUCCCACCUCCCUCUCCCUCGACGAAAAAACCAUGGACCUCUCAGCACUCCCUCCCAAAUGGCCCNAAAAGGUCUCCGAACCUUUGCAAGUGCUGAUCGUCAAACGCACACAGACACGCCGCAUCAACGACCUCGAUGGCAAACUUUCCGCCCUGAAAAAACUAUAUCCUUCUGUGGUGUUUAACGUCCGCGAUCUCGGUGAAUAUAGCUUUGCUGAGCAGGUGCGUAUGGUGCAUAGCCAUCAAGUCCUCGUAGGCGUUCACGGUGCCGCAAUGACGCACCUCUUUUUCCUUCCUGGUCGGCCCAAUGCGCCUUCAUCCACUGUGGUCGAGAUCCUACCCCACAAACUCGGGCACAGGGGAUACAGAAACUUGGCGCUGAUGAUGGGACAUCGGUAUAUUAGUGUACAUGCUGACAACGAUAUGGGAGGAAAAGACUUUCACGGUUUGGAUCUUGAGGUGGAGAACACAAAGUAUGUGGAUGCUGUAGGGACGGCGAUUAAAGCGUCUUUCCAUAGGGGCUUACAGGAGAUGGAUAUUGAGACCGUCAAGGCUGAGGAGAUACAAUAG